UUCACCCAACUUUCCAUUUCCCCACCAAUACAUCCAUCCAUUACCCCCGGAGAGGCAAAUAUGUCGGUAAAGGGGGGAGGAUCGCGGGGGUUCUAUUUUAGCACAGUUUUGUCCCUUGCACGGUCCUUAGCGGUGCAUCGACCAGCUCCUGUUGAAAAGGUUCAGAAGCUACAAUGCAUGUGUCCCGUGGAUUUAAGGGGCAUCUACCAGCUGGACGAGCGGCGGCGGGAUGCGGUCAUAGCCCUGGGUAUCUUUCUGGUGGAGUCCGGCUUGCAGUGCAAAGACGUCAUCGUCCCGUACCUGCUGGGCCUGCUGCAGGGCCUCCCGCGCGUGCAGUGGAUCGAGGAGAGCACGGGGAGAAAGGGCAGAGAAGUACUUCCCAUUGCAGAGAAUUUCAGCUUCUGCCUGGUCACCCUGCUGUCCGAUGUCGCCCAUCGAGAUGUCUCCUCACGUGAUCAGAUUUUGGAAGCCGUUGUGGACGUGAUGCAGACCUUCCUGGACAUGUGUCAGACUCCAGAGAACCGCGAAAAAGAGUACCUGUGCAGGUACACCGUGCCCUGUCUGCUGGGCGUGACGCGGGCGUUCGGGCGGUUCAGUAGCACGGAUGAGUCGCUGCUGUCCAAGCUCUUCCCGCGGGGCUCCCAGCAGGCCGUGCGUGUGGCCGAUGAGCUGGAGGGCGUGCGCCGCCGCUCCUUCAACGACUUCCGCUCCAUCAUGCCCAGCUCGCUGCUCACCGUCUGCCAGGGCGACGCACUGCGCAGGAAGACCAGCAGCACCUCCAACCUGUCCCAGGUCAGUCCAGGUCGCGGGCCGUCUCCCAGCUCCCCUCCCGGCCCGUCCUCUCAGUAUUUUGAAGGCUCGUAUCUCCCUGACGGCGGUGCCGUAGACCCUGAUUACUACUUCUCCACCAUCAGCUCCAGUUUCUCCCUCUCUCCUCUGUUCAUCGGCAGCGGCAGCGAGGAGUUCGACGUCCCGCUGGAGGUGCUGCGCCUCCUCCUGCAAAUGGUAAAGCGCUUCGUUUCCGAGGCCUUUCUGAAGACUCUGGACGCCACGCUGUCAGAGUACACUGAGGUGAAUCCUGGGGUGUCUCUGUUCUACCGGUCCUUUAGUGACCCUCUGUACGUGGCCAUGUUUAAGAUGCUGAGGGACACCCUGUACUACACGAAAGCGGACCUGCAGACGUCGUUUGUGAAGGAGGUGCACGACUUCGUCCUGGAGCAGUUCAGCAGCAGCCAAUCAGAGCUGCAGAAGAUCCUGCACGACGUGGAGCGUCUGCACAGCGAGCUGAAGCUCCGUUGCCAGGCCAACGCCGCCUGCGUGGACCUCAUGGUGUGGGCUGUGAAGGAUGAGCAAGGAGCUGAGAACCUCUGCACUAAGCUCUCGGAGAAGCUGCAGUCUAAGACCUCCAGUAAAGUCAUCAUCGCUCACAUGCCCCUGCUGCUCUGCUGUCUGCAGGGUCUUGGCCGGCUGUGUGAGAGGUUUCCUGUGGUGGCUCACUCCGUCACCACGUCUCUGAGGGACUUCCUGGUGGUGCCGUCCCCUGUGCUGGUGAAGCUCUAUAAAUACCACAGCCAGUACAGCACAGGUGCGGGCGAUAUUAAAAUCAGCGUGACCAAUGAGCACUCCCAGUCCUCCACGCUCAGUGUGCUGGCCAAUAAGAAGGGCCAGCCCUCCAUGUAUGAGCAGCUGAGGGACAUCUCCAUCGACAACAUCUGCAGGUGUCUGAAAUCGGGCCUGACGAUGGACCCUGUGAUCGUUGAAGCAUUCCUGGCGAGCCUCUCCAACCGCCUGUACAUCUCCCAGGAGAGCGACAAGGAGGCCCACCUGAUCCCGGACCACACGAUCCGCGCGCUGGGGCACAUCGCGGUGGCCCUGAGGGACACACCGCGCGUCAUGGAGCCCAUCCUGCAGAUCCUGCAGCAGAAGUUCUGCCAGCCGCCAUCUCCGCUGGACGUGCUCAUCACCGACCAGCUGGGCUGCAUGGUCAUCACCGGCAACCAAUACAUUUACCAGGAGGUGUGGAAUCUGUUCCAGCAGAUCAGUGUGAAAGCCAGUUCUGUAGUUUACUCCACCAAAGACUACAAAGACCAUGGAUACCGGCACUGCUCCCUGGCUGUGAUAAACGCGUUGGCGAACAUCGCGGCUAACCUGCAGGGGGAGCAGCUGGUGGACGAGCUGCUGGUGAACCUGCUGGAGCUGUUCGUCCAGCUGGGCCUGGAGGGCAAGAGGGCCAGCGAGAGGGCCAGCGACAAGGGCCCCGCCCUGAAGGCCUCCAGCAGUGCGGGUAACCUGGGCGUGCUCAUUCCCGUCAUCGCUGUGCUGACCCGGAGGCUGCCCCUCAUUAAGGAGCCCAAGCCCAGGCUGCAGAAGCUGUUCCGGGACUUCUGGCUCUACUCCGUGGUCAUGGGCUUCGCUGUGGAGGGCUCUGGCUUGUGGCCAGAGGAGUGGUAUGAGGGGGUGUGUGAAAUCGCCACCAAGUCCCCCAUCCUCACCUUCCCCAGCGGAGAGCCACUGCGCUCUGAGCUGCAGUACAACUCCGCCCUGAAGAACGACACCGUCACCCCGGCGGAGCUGAAUGACCUGCGCAGCACCAUCGUCAACCUGCUGGACCCCCCGCCUGAGGUGGUGGCCCUGGUCAACAAGCUGGACUUCGCCAUGUCCACCUACCUGCUGUCCGUGUACCGCCUGGAGCACAUCAGAGUGCUCCGGUCCGCUGAUCCGGACCGGUUCCAGGUCAUGUUCCGAUACUUCCAGGACAAAGCCAUCCAGAAGGACAAGUCCGGUAUGAUGCAGUGUGUCAUCGCUGUUGGUGACAAGGUCUUUGACGUCUUCCUUCAGAUGAUGGUGGACAAGCCAAAGACCAAAGAGCAGGAGGCGGAGCUAGAACGCCAUGCCCAGUUCUUAUUGGUAAACUUUAACCACACCCACAAGCGGAUCCGCAGAGUGGCGGAUAAGUACCUCUCUGGCCUGGCUGAAACGUUUCCUCACCUGCUGUGGAGUGGUAGAGUGCUGAAGACCAUGUUGGAUAUCCUGCAGACGCUGUCUCUCUCUCUCAGUGCGGACAUCCAUAAGGACCAGCCAUACUACGACAUUCCGGACACUCCAUACCGGGUCACCGUGCCGGACACACAUGAGGCCAGAGAGAGCAUUGUAAAAGACUUCGCCGCUCGGUGUGGGGAGAUCCUGAAGGAGGCCAUGAAGUGGGCUUCCUCUGUUACCAAGUCCCACCUGCAGGAGUACCUGAAUAAGCACCAGAACUGGGUCUCAGGGCUGUCCCAGCACACGGGCCUGGCCAUGGCCACUGAGAGCAUCCUGCACUUCGCUGGGUACAACCGUCAGAGUACCUCCCUGGGGAUCACUCAGCUGACAGAGAGGCCGGCCUGCGUGAAGAAGGACUACUCCAACUUCAUGGCCUCACUGAACCUGCGCAACCGCUACACUGGAGAGGUGGCGGGCAUGCUGCAGUUCUCAGAGGUGACUCAGAGCUCGUCGGACCUGAACAGGCUGAUGAUGCGCCAGAUGGAUGAGGUUCUGGAGGCAGGGCUUCCUGAGGCCUUCACCCAGGCCAUGUUCAAGCUGGCGGCCCUGCUGAUCAGCACCAAGGACUGUGAGCCCCAGCUCCUGCACCAGCUCUGCUGGGCCCCGCUCAGGAUGUUCACCGAGCUCGGCAUGGAGGCUGCCAUCGCCUGCUGGGAGUGGUUCCUGGCGGCCCGCAACGGCAUGGAAGUCCCGUUUAUGCGCGAGAUGGCCGGAGCGUGGCAGAUGACAGUGGAGAGGAAGAUGGGGAUGUUUUCGGAGGCGCAGCUGGAAGCCGAUCCCCUCGCAGCCUCAGAGGAGAGCCAGCCCCUGCCCCGCCCCCCUGACGCCACCCCACACUUCAUCUGGAUAGAGUUCCUGGUGCAGCGCUUUGAGAUCGCUAAGUACUGCAGUGCUGACCAGGUGGAGGUGUUCGCUGGGCUCCUGCAGCGGAGUCUGUCUCUCAGCGUGGGCGGGGCCAAGAGCAGCAUCAACCGCCACGUCGCCGCCAUCGGGUCCCGCUUCAGGCUGCUCACGCUGGGCCUGGCUCUCCUCCACGCUGACGUGGUGAUGAACUCCACCAUCCGCAACGUCCUGCGUGAGAAGAUCUACUCCACUGCCUUCGACUACUUCAGCGUUGCGCCAAAGUUUCCCACGCAGGGAGAGAAGCGGCUUCGUGAGGACAUCAGCAUCAUGGUGAAGUUCUACGCCAGCGUGCUCUCCGACAAGAAGUACCUCACAGCCAACCAGCUGGUGCCCCCAGGUCUGAAUAACCAGGACCUCUCGGUGAACAGCCUAUCGGUGAUGAGUGGGACGGACUCCCGGAGCAGCCUGGACGUGGCGGUGGGCUCGCGGCAGCAGGGGGCGCAGGGCUGGAUCAACACCUACCCCCUGAGCAGUGGGCUGUCCACCAUCUCCAAGAAAUCAGGACUGUCUAAGAAGAGUAACAGAGGCACGCAGCUGCACAAGUACUACAUGAAGCGCCGAACCCUGCUGCUCGCCCUGCUGGCCAGUGAGAUCGAGCGCCUGACCACCUGGUACAACCCGCUGUCGGCCCAGGAGCUGGCCAUCCCCACCGAGCAGUCUGUGGAGACCAGCAUCGCCAACUGGAGGUCCAAGUACAUCAGCCUGAGCGACAAGCAGUGGAAGGACAACGUCAACCUGGCCUGGAGCAUCUCCGCCUACCUGGCUCUGCAGCUACCUGCACGGUUUAAGAACGCCGAGGCCAUUGUGACGGAGGUGACCCGGCUGGUCCGGCUGGACCCGGGCUCGGUCAGCGACGUCCCGGAGGCCGUGAAGUUCCUGGUGACCUGGCACACCAUCGACGCCGACUCCCCGGAGCUGAGCCACAUCCUGUGCUGGGCCCCCGCCGACCCCCCCACGGGCCUGUCCUACUUCUCCAGCAUGUACCCCCCCCACCCGCUCACCGCCCAGUACGGAGUCAAAGUGCUGCGCUCCUUUCCCCCGGAUGCCAUUUUAUUCUACAUCCCUCAGAUUGUUCAGGCCCUUCGGUAUGACAAGAUGGGCUAUGUGAGAGAGUACAUCCUGUGGGCUGCUCAGACCUCCCAGCUCCUGGCCCACCAGUUCAUCUGGAACAUGAAGACCAACAUCUUCCUGGACGAGGAGGGUCACCAGAAAGACCCGGACAUUGGGGAGCUCCUGGAGCAGAUGGUGGUGGAGAUCACCGGCUCUCUCUCCGGCCCCGCCAAGGACUUCUACCAGCGCGAGUUCGACUUCUUCAACAAGAUCACCAACGUCUCCGCCAUCAUCAAGCCCGUGCCGAAGGGGGAUGAGAGGAAGAGGGCGUGUCUGAAGGCGCUGGCUGAUAUUAAAGUGCAGCCAGGGUGUUAUCUGCCCAGUAACCCUGAGGCCAUUGUGCUGGACAUUGACUACAAGUCUGGGACCCCAAUGCAGAGCGCUGCCAAAGCUCCUUACCUGGCCAAGUUCAAGGUGAAGCGCUGUGGAGUGAGUGAGCUGGAGAAAGAGGGGCUGAGCUGUCGGGCGGACUCUCUGGACGAGGGGGAGGAGGAGAAGGGUGCGUCCCGCCGGGUGUGCUGGCAGGCGGCCAUCUUUAAGGUCGGGGACGACUGCAGACAGGACAUGCUGGCCCUGCAGAUCAUCGGCCUGUUCAAGAACAUCUUCCAGCUGGUGGGGCUGGACCUGUUCGUCUUCCCCUACAGGGUGGUGGCUACAGCGCCCGGGUGCGGCGUCAUUGAGUGCAUUCCAGACUGCAGGUCUCGGGACCAGCUGGGCAGGCAGACGGACUUCGGCAUGUACGACUAUUUCCGGAACCAGUACGGAGAUGAGUCCACACUGGCCUUCCAGAAGGCGCGGUAUAACUUCAUCCGCAGCAUGGCGGCCUACAGCCUGCUGCUGUUCCUGCUGCAGAUUAAGGAUCGGCACAACGGCAACAUCAUGCUGGACAGCAAGGGCCACCUGAUCCACAUCGAUUUCGGGUUCAUGUUUGAGAGCUCUCCGGGGGGUAAUCUGGGCUGGGAACCCGACAUCAAGCUGACGGACGAGAUGGUGAUGAUCAUGGGCGGGAAGAUGGAGGCCACGCCCUUCAAGUGGUUCAUGGAGAUGUGUGUGAGGGGUUACCUGGCCGUCAGGCCCUACAUGGACGCUGUGGUUUCCCUGGUGACGCUGAUGUUGGACACGGGGUUGCCCUGCUUCCGUGGGCAGACCAUAAAGCUGCUGAAGCAGCGCUUCAAUCCCAGUUUGAGUGAGAAAGAUGCAGCUGCCUUCAUCAUCAAAGUCAUCCAGAACUGCUUCCUCAGCAGCAGGAGUAAAACCUACGAUAUGAUUCAGUACUACCAGAACCAGAUCCCCUACUGAAGGAGGUGACACCAUCCCCCCCCCCCCCUCUCUCUCACUCUCUCUCAGAUCAUUUCUGUUACACUGUCACACUAGAAUCUGCGAUUAUGUGCACUUUAACCCCAUCAGCUGGUGACUCAAAUCGGUGUGCGUGUCUCGUGAGCGAGCGUUUCUGACCAACUUCUUUCUGGAAAGAAAAAAGAAGGCGAUUAUUCAUUUGUGUUUUUGCCAAUGUGAACAUACUGGAACACUGACGUCUGUUCUGGAAGAAAAAAACCGUAUUUCUUUGUGCUUGAAAGUGAAAAUGCUUAAACUGGCUGUAGAUCGUUGUUUUAAAAGCCUGUGUGACUGUGGCCAUGGCAGCUUAAGUACCGCUUACGUCUGGAAACUUCUGGAACCCUGUGUGCCAUAGCGCUCCUAAUCUCAUUUCCUUAGAUACUUGAGUGUUAAGUGAUCUAGUGUAAAGAAUGUUGCACUUUUUAUGCGUGUGUGUUAACGUGAUUAUGACACAAGAAUGACUGAAUCAAAUUUUGUAUCUCCUGUUGUUAUGGGAUCCACGUGCCAUUAAGUAUAUUUCAUAUAAUGAAAAAUCGUAAAUAAAGAGUUAAAUUAAAA